UGUUUAAAUCCCCGCCCCGCUUCAUUCCUGCGUUGUUUGGGGACAGUAGGAAGAUGGCGGCGGCCCCGCUGUACUGUGUCUGCCGGCAGCCCUACGAUGUGAGCCGGUUCAUGAUCGAGUGCGACAUCUGUAAAGACUGGUUUCACGGCAGCUGUGUGCAGGUGGAAGAGCAUCAUGCUGUGGAUAUCGAUGUUUACCACUGUCCCAACUGUGAUGUCGUACACGGACCCUCCCUGAUGAAAAAGCGCAACAACUACCACAGGCACGACUACACAGAGCCAAACGAUGGCCUGAAGCCGGUGCAGGCUGGCACCCCAGUGUUUGUCAAGGAGCUCCAGAACAGGACCUUCGCCAGUGGCGAGGAGAUCAUGAUGCAGAUGAAGGGCGAGCACGUGACGACCAGGUACCUGGAGAGACACGGCUUCAGCUACCCCAUCAAGGUCACAGAGAUGGAGGCCCUGGGACUCAAACUACCACCCCCUACUUUCUCUGUCAAAGACGUGGAGCAGUAUGUGGGUGGCGACAAAGUCAUCGAUGUGAUAGAUGUGGCCCGGCAGGCGGACAGCAAGAUGAAGCUCAGCGAGUUUAUCAAGUAUUUCACCAACACGCAUCGACCCAAGGUCCUCAACCUCAUCAGCCUGGAGUUCUCUGACACAAAGAUGUCUGAGUCGGUUGAGGUUCCUGACGUGGCUCAGAAGAUGUCCUGGGUGGAGAACUACUGGCCGGACGACUCCUUCUUCCCCAAACCCUUUGUCCAGAAGUACUGCCUUAUGGGGGUCAAGGACAGCUACACAGACUUCCACAUAGACUUCGGAGGCACCUCUGUCUGGUACCAUGUUCUCUGGGGUGAGAAGGUCUUCUACUUGAUCAAGCCCACUCCCGCCAACCUUGCACUAUAUGAGGCAUGGAGCUCCUCGCCCAAUCAGAGCGAAGUGUUCUUUGGGGACAAAGUGGAGAAGUGCUACAAGUGUGUUGUACCCCAAGGAACCACCCUGCUCAUCCCUACAGGCUGGAUCCAUGCUGUUCUCACCUCUCAGGAUUGCAUGGCAUUUGGAGGGAACUUCCUUCACAACCUCAAUAUUGAUAUGCAGCUCAGGUGUUAUGAAAUGGAGCGUCGCCUGAAAACCCCGGACCUCUUCAAGUUUCCGUACUUCGAGGCCAUCUGUUGGUAUGUGGCCAAGAACCUCUUGGAAACGCUAAAAGAGCUACGAGAGGACAACUGUCCGCCACCAACCUACCUGGUGGAGGGAGUCAAGGCUUUAAUCAGUGCACUGAGGACCUGGUUGAAAAGAGAGGUGACUGAGCCCACCAGUGAGGUACCAGACCAUAUCAGGCCGAACCAUCUCAUUAAAGAGCUGACCAAGGAAAUCCGCUACCUGGAGGAGGAACCAGUCAGUGGUAGCAAGCCAGUGAAAUCUCAGGGAAGUGGGUGUGGAGUAGCAUCUGGAUCAAACGCCUGCCCGGCCACUCGCGCCACACUGGAGCGGCAUUGCCAGGCUCGGCAGGCGAGACGGGCCGCCAGGAGGCUGAGGGAGCAGCAGCGGCAGGCGCCCAAACUGACCACCAACCUUGACAUCUUAGAGCAGCACACCAGGGAGGUGCUGAGGAGGCUGGAGGUGGGACCGCUCGAUGAGGAUGCGGCGUUCUGUGCCAAGGUUCGUGGGAAGCUCAACAAAGUGUCAACAGCAUCAGCAGCUGCUGCUGCAGAGUCUUUAGAGGACAACCACCUCCGGCUGAUGCUGGUCAACGGCAGGAUUAUCAGAGAUUUGAGGAAGCCAGGCAGCAGCCCGGUGAAGACGGAGGGUGAACGGUCAUCUGUCGGCCCACCAAAGAGUUGUGUGGACGUGAAGUCUGAGAGAGAGCAGCACAGCACAGUCGAGAAACCCACACUCUUCAGUGGUCUGGAGAGGGUGAAGACUGAACUCAGGGAAGAAGUCUCAGGACACUCCAGUGUGUCAGACGUGGAUUCAGACAGUGACUCUCCCACAGAGCGUAAAGCGUCAUCGUCAUCGUCGUCAUCAUCAUCAUCGUCGUCGUCGUCGUCAUCCUCUUCUGAUGAGGACUCAGGGAGUUCCCAGGAGGAAGAAGAGGAGGAGAGGGGCUCGUCUCAGCAGAGAGGCUCAGGGCACACCAUAGAGCUGGACCAGUCUGGCCAGAAACUCAGGCACAAACACAAACCACUCAAACGAGAACGUCCUACCUCACCCAGCACAGAAGAGGCCAUUCAGGGGAUGCUGUCUAUGGCCGGUCUGCUGUGCUCCUCCAAGCCGGAGAAGGUAGCCUCGUCCCAGGAGCCCUGGUGGUCCGGCUCCAGCCAGUGCUCGCCGCUGGAGCGGAGGGAGGAGGCGCAGCACCGGCUGCAGGGGGACAAGAGCCCGAUGGACAGCCAGGGCAACAGCAGCGAGGCCUGGGACAAUCAGGGGCUGCCCAGCCCCCUCAGCCGGAGCCACGGCAGCAGCCCAGAGGCAGACUACCAGUACUGUGACCCCUCCAUGUCUCCACCGCUGCACCCCUCCAAGAGGCACGCCCCAAACCCUCCACCCAUCAGCAAUCAGGCCACCAAAGGCAAGCGGCCAAAAAAAGGCAUGGCCACAGCCAAGCAGAGACUGGGGAAGAUCCUGAAACUCAACAGACACAAUCGCGUCUUUGUGUAACACUCCAAAUCUACAAAAAUGAUGAAAAAAAAAGAAAAGAAACAUUGGUUUGUUUGUUACCAGACACUGUUGUGCUGUAGAAAUGGAGAGGAAAAAAAGAAUGAACACACUGCCUGGAGACUACCGUAAACUGAACGAAUCUUGACACGUAAAACACGCUCACUGUGCAUGCUUAGGAGACAGGGUAUUGGAUUUGAAAUAAGCAAGUGCACGACUUCACCACAAGCACACUAAGAAGAAAAAAAAAACAGAAAAGGAGCUACGGGAAGCGGAGAGGGACAAGCAUGUUAUGAAAAUGCAGGGAAAGAAGCUCCUGCAGGCAUUUAAAUGGACGAAGGAGAUGUCGGAGGUUCACCAAAUUUGCUUUGCUGGGGAGCAGCUUCUGAUGCCAACAUCACAUUUUAAUAUUUCCUCUCCCUGCUGAACGCACCCCUCCCUCCUCCUCCGCACAACCUUCACUUGCUACAUCUGCGACAAACUGACCACGAUGGAGGCGCAGAUGAAACGGAGCUGUAAAUCUCUAGCAGGGUCUUUUUUUUUUCUUUUUUUUUCUCUGAGGGGCGAAAACGAGGUGCUACGGAGGAUGCGGUGAACUGAAAUUUCAAAAUGGUGCUUAUUGUUUGUACUUUUCUCCACUCAUGCUUGUCCCUGAUACCCCCCCUUUAUCUCAAUCACACCAGCAAUAAUGACUUUGAGGAGAGGUGAAAGAGCGAGAGGCAGCACUUUGGUGCGUUCUUCUGAAAACGAAAUAGGUGCGUUACAGACUUGCACAAAUUUUGUGCGAAAUAUACUCUCAAAUCUGCACUAUGUUUGAUAAUUAGAGGGGAGCGAUUUUGGCUCAAAGUGCUGCCUCUCUGAAUUUGUUUAAUAGGAAUUACGAGUCAUGCGCUUGGAGACGACUCGCAUGAUAUCCUGCUUAAUUUAUUUCUCGUUUUGAUUUUUUUAAUGUGUUAUUUUUAUGGAUUCUGAAUGAUGUAUUUAUUAAUUGAGAGAUAAUGAUUUUUAUUAUAUUUUGACCCUAAAGCCUCAGCUAUUCUGAGGAGUUUUUUCCUUUCAAAGGGUUAAUUUUUCUCUUUUUUUAUCUUGCUUUUUGUAAAUGUGGAUGUUUUUAGAGUUCAUGUGAUCAUCUGUUGAGUAGCAAUUUACCUACAAAUCUUUUAUUCUGUCACUUUCCCCCCUCCUGUUGAAUAGUGUUGAUUCUUGUCUGUUCUGGUUUCCUCUUCUACCUGUAGCCGGAUGUGUUGGGGGCUAUGUGCGAAUAGAAACUAGGUUAGGUUGAGAACUUCCUUAUCUACACCUGAGCUUUUUCAACUAGUGCCAGUUAUCAUUUAGCAAAAAAAACAACCCACAAGUAUUCUGAGCCACUGUGGUCGAUCCAAAGUAGUCGAUGCAUUGAGAAGUUUGUAGAACUUCAAUAGGAUGAGUGAGGUUUUUCCUUUUUAAAAAAAAAAAAAAACUACCAGUGCUGAUGUGAGAUGUGUGUUUUGCUCGGAGUGCGCAGUUCUUCACUCUCAGGGAAUGAUGCCAUGGACAUAACCUUCGAUUAACCAGCCAGCCACGUCAUGGAUGCAGACAGAAUGCU